UCCUCGUCUACUCUUAUUUAUCCGUUCGCGUUCCGUCGUGCAGAUGCUUGCACGCUGCUUGCAGCGAGGUAUAUAUCGAUUCAACGGAACCAAGGAAACCGGGAUGGACUGACUCGACUGGCGGUGUCGCGCAGUCUACGUGGCCGCGGCCGUUGUGGUCCGAGUGAAGUCCUCCGGGUUGAAGUCCAGCCGAGACAUGUCCGAAGACACCGAGAGCGAAGACAGCGAUGCCGAGGGCGGCCUGGGCAAUGUGAACAAGAUGGUGAUGCGACCGCCGGGCCACAGCGGCAAAGCCAAGAAGGGCCAUAUCUGCUUCGACGCGACCUUCGAGACGGGAAAUCUCGGCCGGGUGGAUUUGAUCUCUGAGUUCGAGUACGAUCUCUUCAUCAGGCCCGACACCUGCGGCCCCCGGCUGCGCAUGUGGUUCAACUUCACCGUGGACAACGUUAAGGCGGAUCAGCGGGUGAUAUUCAACAUCGUGAAUAUCUCGAAGAGCGCGAACCUCUUCCGGCAAGGAAUGACGCCGCUGGUGAAGAGCAGCAGCAGACCGAAGUGGCAGCGGAUACCGCGAGAGCAGGUAUUCUACUACAGAUCGGCGCAACAUCAGAAUCACUACGUGCUGAGCUGCGCGUUCGCGUUCGACCGCGAGGACGACGUCUAUCAGUUCGCGCUGACUUAUCCGUACUCGUACACCCGCUACUUGGGACACUUAGACAAUCUUUGCGGCAGACCGCUAUACACGAAGCGGGAAACGCUGGCCGAGUCGAUCCAGAAGAGGAAUGUAGAGCUCGUAACUAUAACCUCCGACCUCGAAGACACGGAGCGACCUAGAAAAGUGGUCGUUGUCCUCGCUAGAGUUCACCCGGGCGAGUCGCCGUCUUCCUUCGUGUGUCAGGGCUUGAUGGAUUUCUUGGUCAGCGCGCAUCCUAUAGCUCAGGUACUCCGGGAGUAUGUGAUCUUUAAGAUAGUGCCGAUGCUCAACCCGGAUGGCGUCUUUCUCGGGAAUUACAGAUCCACGGUGAUGGGCUUGGACCUGAACCGAUCGUGGAACUGCAUCUCCGAAUGGAUUCACCCCGCCCUGCUGGCUACGAGAUCGCUGCUGAAAUCUCUCGAUAAAAACUCGCAAACACCCUUGGAUUGUGUGUUGGACCUGCAUGCGCAUACCAACGCGACAGGUGUUUUCGUUUACGGGAGCACGUACGAGGAUGUCUACAGGUAUGAGAGACACAUUGUCCUGCCGAAAUUGUUGGCUCAACACGCGGAGGACUACGAGCUGGGGAACACUAUGUACAAUCAGGACCAUAACAAAGCCGGGACAGCGCGUCGUUAUCUGUGCUCCAUUCUGAAGGAGCACGUUAACUGCUACAGCAUCGAGGUUUCUAUGUAUGGUUACAGCAAGAAGGGGAUGCCCGGCAUAAUGCCGUAUACGGAGGAAAGCUAUUACAGGCUGGGUCGUAAUCUGGCUCGCGUCUUCAUGGAGUAUUACAAACUCACCGGGCUUAUCCCGUCUGGGCUGCCGGAUCAGCCGUCGAACAGGCGGACACGUCAAUCCCGACAGAGACAUCGUCUUCCAAGGGUGCCCCGACCGAGAACAGUCAGGACUCCGGCGACUUUGCACCUCGCCAGCAUUUACGAGUACUUCCGGGAGGAGGCUGCUGAGCCGCUCCCGAGCGCGCGUUACCGAUCGAUGAGCGGCACGCGGAUGGGCCAACCCGGAACCGGAAUCGCGAGUGAAACUGGAGCGACGGGCGUCGGCGGGUGCAGGAGCCGGAGCUACAGGUUCCGGAGUCCCGGGGCACCGCUCGACAGGGUGCAAGCCCUGACGACGGGACGACCCGCCGCCACCGUCGCCACCGAGCCACGGCUCACCAUUAUCGAUUUCAAUCAGCUGACGCGGGGCGGUUUGGAGCUCGCGACCAGCAGGAACAGAGCGACGGUACCUCGCAGGAACGUCAAGUCGCGCAGAUAACGAUCAUCCCGCCUCGGAUUUCCUUCUCGACGCGGGGUUCCGCGCACAGACGUAACCCCGGAGGUCGGACCUCGCGCGGCCACGCGAUAUGCUGUCUCCGUUGCGCAACAAGACGGGGACGGGGGGGUUGCUUUCGGUGCUGCACCGGUGCUGCGCUCUUAUCUAUCGCGCUGGAGGAGCUUCCGCGAGAUAAGAAUAUCGACGAGCGGCCGGUGGCGGAACGCGAAUCAAUCCUCACGUUUGGUCAAGGAAGUAACCGUCGCGUCGACCGACAACGGAGGGAGGGAACUCUUCUGAGGAGAAGAGAAAGAGAUACGCUUCGGGGAGAUUGUGGCGAACCGCGGACGCUAAAUAUGCGCGUUAGUGAUAAGCUUUCGUGUUUUUGCCUUUCGCUGAGAAUAACGUCGGCUCCAGGGAUGUCGAUGAUAACGGGACACGCAUUAUUUUUCGCAUUGUCGAACGUUGACUCUCUCUUCCUCUCUCUCUCUCUUUCACGCGAACGCAUCUUGACGACCUUACGCUACCUUUGACACUUUACUCGUGACAAUAAAUGAUUUCCCCGGUUCCCAUAGCUUAUAUAAAGCGACACGAUAUCGCAUAUCUUGCUGUAUAUUACGUACAUUUUCAUGAUAUUCUUGUUACAUUUCUCAUAGUCGUUUAUGAUACCGUUGCAAGAGAUGAUAGCUACGUUACG